GUUGGUGUGGUGUUGGUUUCUUGUCGAGUCUCCUACCAACAUGGUUGUAUUAGUUUUCAACAUACGGCAAGACUUUAAGCACAUUUAAAUUUAUUUUGUUAAGUUAAUCUGCAAGUCUUGAAUCAUGGGAAAGUCAAAGACUAAAAACCAGAAGAAAUCUCGAGCCACCGCCAACCAUGUGGCUGAGCAAAACUACUCCGCCGUGCCGCAUUCCUUCGUCUUUCACCGGGGACAGAUAGGAAAAAACGUGGGUCAGCUCAUCCAGGACGUGCGGCGAGUCAUGGAGCCUUUCACCGCAGAGUCUUUAAAGGUUAGAAAAAGGAACGUGCUUAAAGACUUUGUGGCCAUCGCAGGACCACUGGGAGUGACACACUUCAUGAUCUUUACCAAGACGUCCAACACCAUUAACAUGAGACUUGCUCGACUUCCCAAAGGUCCCACACUUCAUUUCAGAGUGCUCAAGUACUCCCUGAUUAAAGAUGUGGUUUCAUCUUUGAAAAAGCACAGGAUGCACGAGCAGCAGUUCACCCACCACCCGCUGCUUGUACUAAACAACUUUGGCUGUGAUGGGAUGCACAUUAAACUCAUGGCCACUAUGUUUCAGAACAUGUUUCCUUCCAUUAACGUGCAUAAAGUCAACCUCAACAACAUAAAGAGGUGCGUGCUGGUGAACUACGACCCGGAUACCCAAGAAAUAGAAUUCCGACAUUACAGCCUGAAGGUCGUUCCUGUCGGAAUGAGUCGUGGAGUCAAGAAGCUGAUGCAGGAGAAGUUCCCCAACAUGAGCAAGUUUGAGGACAUCAGUGAGCUCCUGAUGAAAGGCGCAAACCUUUCGGAAAGUGAAGCAGAACAGGACGGGGACCACAACAUCACCGAGUUGCCACAGGUUUACGCUGGGAGAGGCAACAUGGCCUCCCAACAGAGCGCUGUCCGUCUUACGGAGAUUGGACCACGCAUGAGUCUACAGCUUAUAAAAAUCCAAGAAGGCAUGGGAGAAGGAAACGUUCUCUAUCAUUCCAUCAUCUCCAAAACGGAGGAGGAAAUCCAGGAGAUCUUGGAACGAAAGGAGGCCCAAAUCAGGGAGAAGCAACAACGGAAGAAAAAGCAGGAGAAAAAUGUGGCUGAGAAAAAAGAAAAGCUAGAAGAGCACAAGAAGAAGAGUCUCCAGGGCAUCAAGAGAAAACUGAAUUCUGACGCAGAGGAGGACAGUGAGGUGGAGGAUCCUGGUUUGCAGGAUGGUCAAAAAGCUGCUGUUGAAUCUGAUGAUGAAGCAGAGUACUACAGACAGGCUGUAGGAGAAGAGCCAGACGAAGGUGAACUAAAAAGAAUACUAGUGUUUAAAGCAGCUCUACAUACAGUUAGAUUUUGUUGUGAUAAGUUAGCUUAUCAAGUUUUUUUUUUUUUUUUUUUUUUUUUUUUUUCCCCCCGACCAUCUGCUGCUAAGAAAAGGAAAAGCUCAGAAAAGCCACAUGGACUUUUGAAGAAGCAGAAAUUUUCCAACAGCAAACCAAGAAAAGGGGCCAUGUCUCCAAAUAAAUCUGGCCGAGGAGACAAAUCAGAAAAGGGACGAAAGACAUUCGGGGGAAAGAAAUGGCAGCACGGAAAGAAUACAAAGCCCGAGGGACAGGCGUUCCGAACAAAGAAAUUCGGUGACCGGGAUAAUAAAUUUGGCGGAAAGAAGAAAUUUCUAGGAAAGAAAAAUGACUCGACCUCCAAAUCCAGAAGAAUGACCCAAGCCAAGAUGGUACAGAACUUCUCUGUCUGCGAGAAGUUUCAGAUCACCCUGCUGCCUUCCGUGUAUGGCAUUGAGUUUGUCGUGGCCCUGACUGGGAAUCUGUUUGCCCUGUGGCUCCUGGUGGUCAGAAAGCGAAUGAGCUGGCACACCGGCGUGAUCCUGUCAUGCAACCUGGCCGUCAGCGACCUUCUCUACAUCCUCACGCUCCCGCUGCUCAUCGUCUACUACUGGCUCGGGAAACAAUGGAGGUUCGGCCCAGCCACCUGCCUAAUGGAGAGGUUCCUGUUCACCUGCAACCUCUACGCCAGCAUCUUCUUCAUCAUGGCCAUAAGCGUGAACCGAUGCGUGGCCAUCAAGUGGCCCUUUUUCACACGCUCCCAUGUGAAGCCCACCCUGGUAAAAACCGCCAGCGUCAUCAUCUGGAUUGUCGUAACGGCGAUUUCAAGCCCGGUGUUUAAAUUUUCCGGCGUUUGUCAAAGCGUGCACACGGGUCAGCUGCUGUGCGUGUCCUUCUGUGAGCACAACCCCGGAGAUGCCCGCAGUCACUUGAUUUACAAGGUCUUCCUGGCUGCGUUUGGUUGCCUUCUUCCCUUUUUGGUGACUUUCGUUUCCUACUGCGUGGUGAGUUGGGUGGUGUGGAAAAAUAGCAACGUGACCCCAACGGAAAAACGCAAGGUGGCUCUGUUGGUGGCGUCGGUGCUCUUGAUUUACGCCGUUUCGUUUGUGCCCUAUCACGUCUUCCAGAUCUAUCACCUGUAUCUGAGGAUCCAUUAUCCCAACACCUCCAAUUGCUGGGUUUACAACAUGUAUCAGGUGUCCAAAGGCCUGGCCACUCUGAACAUGUGCAUUCACCCUGUGCUUUACAUGGCUUUGUUCGACAGUAUGAGAGUGGCUUGUUGCAGGCGAGGCACAGAGGGAAACAAAGGAAAUGAUGUAAUGAUGAGAAGGUAAAUUUGGAAAUCCUAACUAUGUUCGAUUUUUGGGGGUGGGGAUUAUUACUUAAUUCUGUGAAUAUCUACUGUAUAUCUGCGUAUUAGGUCAUAAAAUUGAAAUGCGUUUGUGGUCCGAUUUUACUGCUUAAGUGAAAUAAUUUAAUGAUAUCUGUAAUAUUUUGAUAUUAUUUUGAAAUCAACAAUACAGGCAGUCAUGUUUAAAAGAUUACUAUAAAGAUUACUAAAUAUAUAUAUAAAUUUUUUUUUACUGUUGUUGUUAUGUCUUCAUAUUUUUUACAAUUUUUUUCGCUAGUUUCGCUAGUUUCGUGAGUUUCGUGAGUUUCGCUAUUUUGUAUAAAAUUAUUAAAAAUGCUUCCAUGGGUGAAGUUUGAACCUUAAUGAUCGCUCUUUAAGUGAAUAUCUAUAUCUGCACAUUACGUCAUAAAUUUGAAAUGCAUUUGUGGUCCAACUUUACUGGUUAAGUGAAAUAAUUUAAUAAUUUAGUAUCAACAAUACAGGCAUUCAUGUUUAAAAGAUCAACUAUAAAACGUUUUUUUUACUGUUGUUGUUAUGUCUUCAUAUUUUUUACAAUUUUUUUCGCUAGUUUCGCUAGUUUUGCUAGUUUCGUUAUUAUGUAUAAAAUUAUUAAAAAUGCUUCCAUGGGUGAAGUUUGAACCUUAAUGAUCGCUCUUUAAGUGAAUAUCUAUAUCUGCACAUUACGUCAUAAAUUUGAAAUGCAUUUGUGGUCCAACUUUACUGGUUAAGUGAAAUAAUUUAAUAAUUUAGUAUCAACAAUACAGGCAUUCAUGUUUAAAAGAUCAACUAUAAGAAGUUUUUUUUACUGUUGUUGUUAUGUCUUUUUUUCCGCUUGUUUCGCUAGUUUUGCUAGUUUCACUAGUUUCGCUAGUUUCGUUAUUAUGCAUAAAAUUAUCAAAAAUGCUUCCAUGGGUGAAGUUUGAACUUUAAUGAUAGCUAAAGUGCAUAUGCAUAUAUUCAUGUAUUUUUUAAUAAACACAUCUGCUGGUAUUCUACAUAUACAUACACAGUACUGCAUAUUUAAGGUACACGUUCAUUAUUAUCUGUGAAGUCUCCGUUUUUCACCUUCCCUUUUUUGUGUCAGUGCCGAGAUGCUGUCAUUUUACAGAAAGCUAAAUGACUGAGCACAAAUCAAUUUGGCAGCUUUAUUUUUAAUAGAAGAGUACGAACCCGAUGAAAUGUUUAGUAAGCAACGGACUACAUCGGCGUUUGUCACCUCUGGGUGGUUUGUGACCUUUCUAAAUCCUCGUUUGGUUUUACAGAAGUGAGAAAAUGAAAAAAAGUGUUAGUUUACUGUCUGCAUAUCUCAAUUUCCUCUGUGACUCAGCAUUGACACGGGGGCAGACGUUUAUGCCACUGCACGAAAAUCAGCACAAACAAAUCAUGUACAAUUUGCGGACGUUGCUGUUGUUUGUUGCUUUAACAUUGAUACAAUGAUGUAUUUUUUUAUCCCUGGAUGUUACUGGAUUGUCAGUGAAAUAAAAUGUGUAUGUUGUGUAUAUGCAAACUGGUCAGUAUAAUGUAUAGUGUAACUGAGGAAUGUCCAGAAAUGGUAAGGUGAUACCCUGAUUUCUAUAGCACUAUGCUAUGUUUCACUCUUAUACCUUGUGCUUUUGGCUGCUAGGACAAAUAAAAGGCUUCUUAUUCUUAAUCUA